AUGGGAUGCUGGGGCUAUCAUCAUCCACCACCAUAUUUUAUUAAACAAGGGAUUAUUGUAGUGACAGUUAAUUACCGAAUAGGUGCUCCAGGUUUUCUCUGUCUACAAUCACCAGGAAUUCCUGGAAAUGCAGGUUUAAAGGACCAAGUAGCCGCACUAUACUGGAUACACAGAAAUAUAAUGAAAUUUAAUGGAAAUCCUCAAUACAUCACUGUUUACGGAACUGGGAGUGGCUCAGUCUCUAUUGAGAUUCUUUUACUUUCUGGGAUAGCUGAUGGUUUAUUCCAGAAAGCUAUUUUAGAAUCAGGGUCAGUUUUAUCACCUUCCUCUAUAACAUAUAGUCCUGUAGAAAUUGCAAUGAAAGCAGCAAAAGAACUGGGUUAUCAGGGAGAUAAAAACACCAAAAGCAUGGAAAUAUUUUUUCAGGCCAUAUCUGUAAUGAAUUUUCUUAACAUAACUUCAAUAUUUGUGCCCUGUAUUGAGAAAAUUACAUUAUAUUCUCUUUUAAAUGAUGAUCCUAUGGACUUAAUAAAAUUUAAAAAAUCAAUACAAAUACCAAUGUUAAUUGUUUAUAGUGACCCUAAAGAAAUAGAUUUGAUUGAUAACAACAAAAUAUUUCAAUCCAUACCAGAAAAUUUUGGACACCUGUUACCAAAUAAUUUAGCUAUAGAUACAUCUGUACAAGAAAAGGUUGCGAAACUGACAAAAGGUUUUUAUUUUGGUAACAUUCUCACAGAGGAAGAUAUAAUUCAAUGCUAUAGAGAUUACGUAAAUGACAUUUUUAUGGAAUACCCUGUUGUGAAGUCAAGUGCAUUUUAUGCUUACAAUAACAGCAAUCCAGUGUUUUUAAUGAAAUUCUCACAAAGAGAAUACAAGCAUGCUUUUAAAGGCAAUUAUGGAAAAGUUUUAAAAUUAGUUUUUUCAGACAAAGUUGACAAUUCACAUGAUAUUGGAGAUAUUUUAAAGAAUAUGUGGAGUAAUUUUAUUAAAUUAGGGUAA